AUGGCCGCAGCGUCGAAUGGGACGGAUGGCGCUCCCCCCGAAAGCCCCUCUCACCCAAUAACCAUGCUGGCAUUCGUCACACGGAAUGAAAAUCUGUCGGUCGAGGAGUUCCAGAAACAUUGGAUAGAGAAGCACGGACCCCUGGUGGGAGGAUUCCUGUCAUCCAAGGGAGUUCUGAGUUACCGGCAGUUCCACAUCGACCAGAGCAACAAUCCCCUCGGCUACGACGGGGUCGUUCAGCUGCAAAUCCCGUCCCUGGAGACCUGGGCCAAGAUCUCGUCGGAUAAAUACUACCAGGAGGUCGUUGUGCCGGACGAGCAGAGAUUCUUCCAGGCGGCCAAGAUGGUCAUCCUCACGGGGAAAAACUAUUCGGUCGUCGAGGGCGGGCAGUAUGUGCUGAACAAGUAG